AGUGAAAUCAAUAUUGCCUUGAUACCCUUAUCGACUAUAUAAAAGUCGUACAUUUUUCUGAAUAUGUAUCAGUUACUUGCUGGGCUUAGGACAAAGCUAAACAAACCUCAACACAAAAUGUACUCAAAGGUACUUUGCCUCGCUACCAUUCUGGCUGUGGCUGCCGCCCACUACGGUCACUCGUCGCAAUACAUCUCCCGCCACGACGGGCCGGCGCAUCUAGUGCCCAUCCACGGACACCAUGGCCAUCAUGACCAUGACUACUACGCGUACCCUAAAUACGAGUUCGAGUACAAAGUAGACGACCCGCACACCGGUGACCACAAGACCCAGCACGAGCACCGCGAUGGUGAUGUCGUCAAGGGCUUCUACAGCCUGCACGAGCCUGAUGGUUCCAUCAGACACGUCCACUACCACGGCGACAAGCACACCGGAUUCCACGCUGACGUAAAGCACAGCACCCACCACAUCGUCCUGUGCCUCGCCUCCCUUCUGGCCAUCGCCGUCGCCCACCACGGGCACGGGCACGGCCACGCGUUCUCCUCGCAGCACAUCUCCCGCCACGACGGGCCCGCGCACGUCGUGCCCAUCCACGGUCACGGUCACCAUGGCCAUGACCACGGUCACGACCAUGUCGAUUACUACGCUUACCCUAAGUACGAGUUCGAGUACAAAGUAGACGACCCGCACACCGGCGACCACAAGACCCAGCACGAGCACCGCGAUGGUGAUGUCGUCAAGGGCUUCUACAGCCUGCACGAGCCUGAUGGUUCCAUCAGACACGUCCACUACCACGGCGACAAGCACACCGGAUUCCAUGCUGACGUGAAACACGAAACCCACCAUAUCGUGCCCGAGAAACACCACCACCACUACUAAAUUGUUCUUUUAUAUUACAUUUUACGUAUGAAUCUGUGAUCUACCGAUAAUUGUUAUGUUGUAAAUAUUUUUUACCAAAUAUAUUUUUU